GCUGUGUGCGGGUGGAGUCAGUCAGGAGAAGGAUCGACUCUCUGCUCACAUCAUGGCGCAACUUGCGACUUUGUUAGUGGGUACAUGGAUGUUUUCUCUGUCUGCAGCAGACCAGCAGGUCACAGCGACGCCCUCAGCAGACGCCACGCUCCCAUGUCAGGCUCCCGCAGAUACUCCCACUGACCUCAAACUGUUGAAGUGGAGCAGACCUGAUGUGACUUCAGGUUAUGUCUACUUUCACAGAGACGGGCGCUUGUUGAAAGAAUACCAGCACCCGUCCUAUCGUGGUCGCGUGGAGCUGAACGAUCCAGAGAUGAGGAACAGAGACGUUUCUGUUGUUCUGAGGAACGUCAGCAACAGCGACGCUGGAACGUACGAGUGUCUUGUUUCAAUUAAAUCCGAACAAACAAGCAGACAAUACGUGAGGCUGACAGUCACAGAUGAAGGUCACAAAGGAGACGCUCCUGCAGGAAACAAGCGUGCAAGGAUUGGGAAAGUAAAAAACACAGCUGGUGGAGGAAACAAGAAUGGAUAUGUUGGACUGGCACUCUGUGUAGUAUCAGCACUGGUUUUAUGAUCUUUAUGUACGUAUACAAAGAUCAAAAAACCUUUGUGGUGUUCCUAAAACCUGUGGGGAGCACUGACUGGAGACGUAACAGGUAACAGAUGUUUGUCAAGACGUCCGACAGUCCGUCUGUGAACACUUUAAGAGCUCGGCCAGCAGGGACUGUGUCCUCAAACCAGGUUUUAAACCAUGAAACAUGAUCUUUUCCAAACCAUAACCUAACGUUUUUUUGUGCCUAACGCUAACCACUCGUUAACCACAGCGCUGAAACAUAAAGUUUUGAUAUAUCUGCUACAUGUAGCAUACAAAUGGAACAUGUCCACGACUGCAGACACAUGUAAUGGCAACGCUUCUUUUGGCUGAGACAGACUGCACUUCCUCCUGCAAUGUAAAACAGUCAGUGAAAUAAGGAUCCUGAUGUUGCUGUCGUCUCUCACCGCCUUCUUCUGUUGUUUGUCAAUCAACAUGAUGUCCGAUUGGGAGGUGUCCUCCACUGUGACCUUGGGACUUCCAGCCCACACUCAGUGCAGCACUUGGUCAUGGCGUCCCAUGUGCACUCUUCCUGCUUCCAUCUUACACCCUGCUGUUAUGUGCUGAACUGUCUCAGGAGCAUCUCUGCUCAGCACCUGGGGUCCUGUCUGCUGUGGUAGACCUCUGCUUCUGUUGACCUGGUACUAAGUUCCUGUUCCUGUGCUGCCAUGGUUAGUGCCUCUGUGCCGUUUGUCAGUCCGGCCUCUUCUAAACACUACUAGGACUGUUGAUGGUACAUGCCGUGAUGGUGGUUCAUCCUCCUCUUCUGCUGCCUGAGGUAUUCACUUACAUGUAGCAGCUCAUCUUUGGGCACCAUCUUCCUGAUGUGUUCCUGGAUGUUGGUUGUUUCGUCCUGGACGGGGGCUCUGACACUCCUCGCUAUGCUUAGUUUACAAUCAGUAAUAUAUUCAGGAAGUAACUGUUUAUAUUUGUUUGGAUUUUAUUUCAUUUUAUUCUGUACUAAUUUAAAUAUUUGUAUUUAUGUAAAUAUAUUUGUAGGGUUUGGUGGAAACAAGGCUUUACAUUUCAAUGUAUAAACCUGUUGUAAGAGCCAGAAUGUUUUGAUGAACAAUGAGGUACGUUAGGCGCUGUUGUGCUGGUAUGUUGGGCGCAGCAUAGGUAGGAAGGUCGCUGUUGCCUUGCUGGGAAAUCAAAAGGUUUUGUUUGUCACACUGUUUGCUUUCAAUGGAAACAAUGGAAAUGAACUUUGUGUCACUGAACAGAGUAAAGAGGAUUGUGAUUCUGCAGUUCACCCUUCAGAGCCUGUACUGACCACAACACACACCACAACAAAACAUAGCGCACGGCAUCAAACCAAAGCAAGCGCACCAGUCAGGUCACUCCUGACUCAGAUAUCUCAGUGGCUUGAAGUACAAGACUUACCUCCUACAAUAUGUGACUUCAUAGUUUUUCAUUAAUCAUCAUGUUGACGUUUUUAUGUUCCUAACUAGCCCCAGCUUGAGUCUGUGGUGCAGGCUCAGACGGGCCAUCAGGCAAUUCAGACUGCAACGAGGUGACCGGUACCAUCUGUGCACACGUUAUAAUCUAGAAGAGUGGCUUUCAAACUUUUCAUGCUCAAGGUACAGCAGAGAGCAAGCCAAAAUCUCAAGGCUCACCUGUAUCUCUGCACAACAGCUUCUAUUAUGUGUUAACACUCAAAAACCAACACAGGUAGCUUUCAUCAUACUGUCUACUGACUAUCUUCACCUGUGCUUUGUCGUAAUUUUCUCUGUACAACAAAGCGAUCCAUCGUUCCACUCACAGCUGUCUCCUUUCAAAUGUUAAAAGUAUUAAAUUAAAUCACAUCUUUAGGUAGAGUUUGCCUCUGUAUUAGGAAACGGGUGCACACGACAUAUUGAUACAGACGAUUAAACACACAGAGAGGUUUGAAUGUUUCAACGUUAACGACACUUCACAGACACGCUCUGACUUGUAUGUACACUGUAUGUUUGCUGGCUGAACCCUUUCAUAAGUUGUUGAGCAUCUGGAAUAAACAGUGAAUCAGCUCUCAUGUGUCUUUAUUACUGUGUUGACUCCAUGCAGGUGUGUCUGUGUAUUUGGAUCACGGCCUAACUUCAUGGGUGUCGUUGGAGAUCCUGAACGUGUCGUGACAUGUUUGACACUCAGAUGAAAUGUUUGAACUGAUGUGACCUGUGAGGUUUGAUCAUCUCAGCAGGUCUGACAGGAACACAUCAGACUGUCUCAUCUGAAUGAAUCUGAUCAGUUUUGAAUGUUUCUGUGUGACGUUCAGUGGACCUGCUGUCUCUCUUCUUCU